GGGUCCUUUGGUGUAAGCUAGCUCCGUGUAUGCUAGCUCCGUGUAUGCUAGCCUCAGAGUCUCCACAGCUGCACACUUUCGCACAUUUCCUGCUCCCUGUAGACUGCGUCCAUAUUAUUAGUCCAGGGUAAUGUUGAAAUAGCAGUAAGUUGUCGCUUUGUUAAAUUCCCAUCUACAAAAACCGCUGUUGUUUCCAGACGUCGAAGGCUGUGUUAUUUUUGUUAGCCUCCAUUAGCAUCCGCCGCGUUAGCUUUAGCCAAACCAAACCAAACAAGGUUAUAUUUGUUAUUAAGCCCCCGUAUUAAACACUAUAAGAGGGAGGCGUUAAUGAGCAGUCAUGUCGGGUAUCGCUUUGAGCAGACUGUCCCAGGAGCGUAAAGCCUGGAGGAAAGACCACCCAUUUGGUUUUGUUGCUGUGCCUACCAAGAACCCAGAUGGGACAAUGAACCUCAUGAACUGGGAAUGUGCCAUCCCGGGGAAGAAAGGAACCUUGUGGGAGGGCGGCCUUUACAAACUCCGAAUGCUGUUCAAAGAUGACUACCCAUCUUCUCCACCAAAAUGCAAGUUUGAGCCCCCAAUCUUCCACCCAAAUGUCUACCCAUCAGGCACUGUGUGUCUCUCCAUCCUGGAGGAAGACAAGGACUGGAGGCCGGCUAUCACCAUCAAACAGAUUCUUUUGGGAAUCCAAGAACUGCUGAAUGAGCCAAAUAUCCAAGACCCGGCCCAAGCAGAGGCAUACACGAUUUACUGUCAGAACAGGAUGGACUAUGAGAAGCGCGUCCGGGCACAGGCCAAGAAGUUUGCUCCUACAUAAAGAAGCACUGGCCUGUGUCCUGCCUGAGCUGAGAGGCAGGCAGCUUCGGAAGGACCACUCCAACAGACAUCUGAUUAUGAGUAUUUCAGCUACCCAGGUAGCAGCAAACCUGCUUCAUCCUUUGUUUUUAAAGCAAGUCACAUUUUAUAAGAGAAUGAUUUUACCGGUCUUCAAAAAUGUGUAUAAAGAUGCAUAGCCCACCAUUCUAGAACUGUGCCGUCUACAUGAGCCUCGCUCUUCGCAGAAAUCCACUUCUACUGUUAUGGUAUGAGUGCCUGUAUGCCUACUCGUAUGCCCAUUUAAACAUCCAAAUCAAGUUGUAAAGUAAGAUUUCAUGUUAAAGUCACUCUUUGUUAUGUAGUCAGUAUUGGAGGGAAUGGGGAUGUGGUUUCAAGCUACUUUUUUAGAAUAUAGAUAACUGUUGAAUGCAUUUGGACACAAAAUAGAGCAAGACCACAAAAAAGCACAAAUGAAGAUCUUUUUUUUUUUCCGAUUUAGUUUUCUGAAGCCAAAACAGGUCAAAGACAAUCUUAGCACUUGUUUUUCAUUUGGUACCAUGUUGUUUCAUGACUAAUUUAAAACAACAAAAAGCGUUUGAAGCAUUUCUUUACAUACUCCAUUGUGCGAGCUUUGUUCCCUUUCACAUAGCCAUUCCUAAUUGGGCAAAUUAUAGUUUUCUAGUUAGAAUGUGUAGUUCUUAAAAAUUGAAAAGUGACAACAUCCAGCUAGUUUGCCAUUCACUGAUCCAAACAGCUUUUACGAAGAAAAGCAAAGACGAAAACAGUUUCAUGCUUCACUCUACUGUACAAUAAAAAUGUUUAAACCGUAUGGCAUCAGCUGUUAAGUUCUCUGUUAAUGUCCUCGGAAUGAAACCAAUGAAAGUGCACUUGGGAGUGAACAAUGGACUCUUUAAUUUCUUUAGCCUCUGAGAAAAUGAGCGCAUGUACAUAAUAUAAAUAAUGUUGUGGUUGUUAUGUUUUAUAUUGUUUUAGCCAGUCUGACAUUUGUGUGCGGUAAAGUUCAACAACACAAAUAGCAUUUAAGAGUGUCAUGAAUUCAAUAAAAAGACAAAACAAA